AUGCAUCGUAAACCAGCAAGCACGGUCUGCGCAGCAGUUGCGAGUGCUAUUCGAUGUCAUUCGCAGGCGUCGAAGUUGUUCGUGACAGUACCAGCGGAGCACGAGGGCGGUCAGCAGUUGAUCGACAGCUGCAUCAUGUUGUUACAGUACGCGCAUGUUUGUAGGCAGUACGACUGUGAAUUCAACGCAAGGUGCCUCGGUGUUGUAGACUCUUGCACUGCUGAGCACACCAAGCGGCCUCUCCCAGUGGUCAUGAAAGUGUGUCGCAACCAACUCCGCGCCGUCAUUGCCUACGUUUCGUGA